AAUCAAUUCUUAUCAGCUAUGUUUCUCUCAUACACAACAAUGUUCCUAAUUCUUCUCAUUAUUUCCCUCACUCAGGUGAUUUCAAAACCGAUUUAUUCCAAUGAAAUUGUUGAAAAUCAAAUGUCUGCUAUCAAGUCAGCUGCAGAAUCGAAUAACUUUUCAUUGCUUUUGAAGUUGGUGUCCCCGUCUGUAUUUGAAUUGGAAGAUGGCGAACGAGUUCGAAAAGCAUUUUUUUCUGCAAAACUUUUACUCAUGGAUUCCAAAUUCGAACGACCUGGAAUAGUAGCUACAGUUACUGAAAGUGGAAAAUAUACAUCUCAAAUUCGAAUGAAAAGGAGCAAAGAGAGUGAAACUGGAUGGAUACUAAUCGCAGCUGGCUUUCUUGAAUGUAUGAUAAAUAACGAUUCGGAAAGUUUUUGCCUUGAUGAUUGAAUAAAUUAUAAAUUCAACAAAACAUUUGGAUGAUUUUCACAGGUUGCCAGAUUAACAGAAGAUAAGGAUGUAUUUCUUAUUCAAGACAGAUUUAAGUGAGCACGCAUUUAUUUUUUAUGUUACAGAAAAAUAAAAAUAAAA